AUGUACCCUUUCCUGCUCUCUGCCAGGAGAGAUGUCAUCGUAUCUGCUGGAGUGUGGCACUCGCCUCAGCUACUCAUGGUCUCUGGUGUAGGGCCUCGAUCAAAGCUGGAAGAUUUCGACAUUCCUGUGAUCUCUGAUCUCCCUGGAGUUGGUCAAAACAUGUGGGACACCUGCGCCAUCGGAGGUGUAAGCUACGAAAUUGAGAUGCCCGAGUUCACAGCAGCGAGCGCCAUCCUGGAAGAGCAGCGAAUGCACGAGGCUGUAACCUCUCUCCUCGCCAACGCCACUGGACCCCUGACGAACGAAGGCUCCAACAUAGUGGGCUGGUACAAGAUCCCCGAAUCCGGCCUCGCCGAUAUGUCCGCCACAGCACGAACCGCACUACAGACGUUCCCCGAAGACUGGCCAGAAAUGGAAAUCAACCUCGCUACUUCGGCGACUCUGCCCGACGUGAACAGCACAUCCAAGCUCGUGGGAACCAUCAGCGGACUGCUCAUCGCACCAAUCAGUCGUGGAAACAUGAUGAUCCGAUCUGCCAGCGACCUCGAUGCGCCUGUCGUCAACUCGAAUUGGCUGCGAGAUCCCACCGAUCAGGAGGUCGCCGUCACAGCUUACAAGGUUAUGAGGGAGAUGUCCGCGUAA